CUUGGCGCGGGCCUUGAGCUUGAGCGCGGAGGGUUGCGGCGCGGUGCAGGGUCCCUCGGUGGCGAUCUUGUAGAGGCCGUAGAGCCUGAGCUGGGCCUCCUCGGGGACGCGGGUGCCGGCGGCGGCGUAGGCGGCGCUGAAGAGAAGGCUGCAAUGCUUCGGGCGCGGCAAUGUCGAUCUGGCGAGUCGGGAAGCGAGACGGCCGCCUCGUGCGGAGCUUUGUAGAACGGGGCGAAGGAGUUCAUGUCGGCACCCCAUUGCUCUAGCAGAUUUCGCCUCGGAGAAGAGUUCGUCUGCGGGUGGGAGGAAGAGGCGGAUCGGGGAGGAUUAGGGGGGCGAGGUGCAGAGGGAGAUCUCAGUCGGGGGCGGCGUGCGAGGGGAGUGGAUAGGGGUCGGGCUAGGAAGUCUGUCCUUCUACGAGUCGGUUUGCGUGAUGUUCGGCUACUCGUGCAGAUAUACGCACGGGACGUGUAGCUAGAACUUGAACCGUGAGAUACUUGAGAAAAGAAGAGCACUUGGCUACGAGUUUCCCAACUAGAUCGUGCUAGAUCGAUCUGUGGAUAUCACGAAUCAGGCAGGAGAAGAUGUCGUACCUGCUGCCGCACCUGCACUCCGGAUGGGCGGUGGACCAGGCCAUCAUGGCCGAGAACGAGCGCCUCGUCAUGAUCCGCUUCGGCCACGAUUGGGACGAGACCUGCAUGCAGAUGGACGAAGUGCUGGCAGGGGUGGCUGACAAAAUAAACAACUUCGCGGUAACCUACCUCGUUGACAUCACUGAGGUUCCCGACUUCAACACCCUGUACGAGCUCUAUGACCCAUCGACGGUGAUGUUCUUCUUCCGCAACAAGCACAUCAUGAUUGAUCUCGGGACGGGAAACAACAACAAGAUCAACUGGGCGAUGAAAGACAAGCAUGAGUUUCUUGACAUUGUAGAGACCGUCUACCGAGGAGCUCGUAAGGGUCGUGGUCUGGCGAUUGCUCCCAAGGAUCACUCCACCAAAUAUCGUUACUAAGGCGUGUUUCAAUUCUCUCUGCCUCUUUAUGUGUAAUUUCGAUUACUACUCUCGCCCAUCCAUCGCCACCGAUCCCAAUUUAAUAUAUUGUAAAUAGAUUUAGUUUUCGGAUAU